AGGUCAGGAAAGUUGAAAAUGUUCCGGCUGUUAGACCCUUCCCGGUUUUUGGAAAUAUUUUUGAUAUCAUCAUGACUCCAAGUGAAUUAUUCGACUUCGGUAGACAUCUCGCACGGAAAUAUAAACGAUUUUAUCGUUUAUGGAUAUUACAAGAUUCUUUUAUAAAUUUACUUAAGCCAGAAGAUAUAGAAGCUCUUUUAUCAAAUAUCAAACACAUUAAAAAAAGUCGAAUAUACGAUCAAAUAACGCCAUGGUUAAAAGAGGGGCUGCUGACGAGCUAUGGUUCGAAAUGGCAAAGCAGAAGAAAAAUCCUGACGCCUGCGUUUCAUUUUAAUAUAUUGCAGCAGUUUGUUCAAGUUUUUGGAGAACAUAGCAAACGCCUUGUUUCCCAAUUGGAAAUCGAAUGCCAAAAGGACUCAACGGACGUCAACUCAAUAAUGGCUGAUGUCGCAUUGAAUAAUAUAUGCGAAACUGCAAUGGGAACAAAUUUAAAAGCUGUCAUUGACUCUGAUUCUAUUGACUACAAGUGCUCAAUUUUCAGGUGGAGUCAGUUAUUCGUGUAUCGUCUUCAAAGAUAUUGGCUUCAUCCAGCCGUGAUCUACAACUUAACGCCCAUGGGCUACCAAAUGAGAAAAGUUCUCAAAAAUUUGCAUUCAUUCACUAAAGGUAUCAUAACUGAUAGAAAAAAGAAAUUGAUGACAAAUGUAUCAUUGAAUGCAAAAACAAGUGAUGAUGAAGACAAAGAUGAGUUCCACGUUAAGAAAAGAAUGGCUAUGUUGGAUUUGCUACUAUCUGCUGAAGCACGUGGCGAAAAUAUUGAUGAAAAUGGAAUUCACGAAGAAGUUGACACGUUUACUUUUGAAGGCCAUGAUACAACGUCGAUGGGUUUAAUUUUCACACUACUAUCGUUGGCGGAUAAUCCCGAUGUUCAGCGCAAAGCUUAUGAAGAAAUUGCAGAAGUAUUUGGAGAAGAUGAAAUGCCGGCAACAAUUCAGGAUUUGCAAAAAUUGACUUAUUUAGAUAGGUGCAUUAAAGAGACUUUAAGGCUUUAUCCAAGUGUUCCUUUUAUUUCAAGAGAUUUAACGGAACCAUUAGAUUUAGUUGAUUGCAGGAUACCGGCCGGUCAAAUAAUAAAUGUUCACAUAUUUGACUUACAUCGGGAUCCAGAUAUAUACCCGAAUCCGGAAAUGUUCGAUCCUGACAGAUUUUUACCAGAAGAGUGUGCCAAAAGACAUCCUUUCGCAUACAUUCCUUUCAGUGCAGGACCGCGCAACUGCAUAGGUCAAAAAUUCGCUAUGCUGGAGCUCAAGUCUGUGGUUUCGACGAUUUUGCGUCAUUAUACGUUGGAGGCGAUAACUAAACCAAAGGAUUUAAUAUUUGUGAUCGAUAUUAUUCUUCGCACGGAUCAUCCCAUCAAAAUCAAAUUUAGAAAAAGACGACCUUUAUAAGCUGUUUCUAUUCA